AUGGACUUCGAGAACGAGAAGAAGGGGGAUCUCUACUCCCCCCAGUAUGAGGGCGAUAUGGUCGACAAGAUGAGCGACACGGAGCGGAACAUUGUCGAGGCUGGCAUUCAAAAAUACAACCGUCUGGGCUGGAAACGCCUGACGGUAGUGAUGAUUGUCGAGGCCAUUGCCCUGGGUAGUUUGUCGAUUCCCUCCGCCUUCGCUACGCUGGGGAUGGUGGCCGGUGUCAUCACCACGGUUGGCCUCGGAUUUGUUGCCAUUUACACCAGUCACAUUAUCGGUCAAGUCAAGCUUAAGUUCCCCGACAUUGCACACUAUCCCGACGCUGGCCGCCUGAUGUUCGGUCGUUUUGGCUACGAGAUUAUCUACGUCAUGCUCGGUCUGGAGUUGCUCUUUCUGACUGGCUCGCACUGUCUGACCGGUACCAUCGCCUUCAUUGACAUCACCGAGAGCAGUGUGUGUUCUAUUGUGUUUGCUGUGGUUUCCGCCAUCCUCCUGCUUCUCUUGGCUAUUCCGCCCUCAUUCGCUGAGAUGGCCAUUUUGGGCUACAUCGAUUUCAUCUCGAUCAUUGUCGCAAUCGGUAUUACUAUGAUCGGCACUGGUGUUGAGAGCACCAACCAGCCUGGGGGAUUGUCGGCGGUCAACUGGUCUGCUUGGCCCAAGGACGACAUCAGCUUCACCGACGCUUUCAUUGCCAUCACCAACAUCGUCUUCGCCUACAGUUUCGCCCUGUGCCAGUUCUCCUUUAUGGAUGAGAUGCACACUCCCAAGGAUUACAUCAAAUCGAUCUGGUCCCUGGGUAUUAUCGAGAUUGUCAUCUACACCUUGACCGGUGCGAUUAUCUAUGCCUUUGUUGGCCAGGACGUCGCCAGCCCGGCUCUCACCUCGGCGGGCCACACUCUUAGCCGUGUUGCGUACGGUGUCGCCCUCCCCGUCAUCUUCAUCAGUGGUUCGAUCAACACGGUGGUGCUGGGUCGUAUGAUCCACGGUCGCAUCUUCAAGAACUCGCCCAUCCGCUUCAUCAACACCAAGAUGGGCUGGAUCACCUGGUUGGCCGUGAUCACCACCAUCACCGUGGUCGCCUUCAUUGUCGCCGAAGUGAUCCCCUUCUUCUCCGACUUGCUGUCCAUCUGCUCCGCCCUCUUCGUCUCCGGCUUCACCUUCUACUUCCCCGCGCUCAUGUGGUUCAUGCUCCUGCGCGAGGGCAGCUGGUUCACCCCGAAGAACAUGAUGCUGGGUGCUCUCAACCUGAUCUGUCUGUUGAUUGGACUGAUCACUCUCGGAGCGGGCACCUACGCCAGCGUGGACGAUAUUGUCAACAACUACAAUUCAGGCAGUGUUCGUGGAGUCUUCACCUGCGCGGCUCCCGAAUAA